UUUACAGAAAGAAUUACACAAUGCGCGAAUGCAAAUUGAAGAGCUUGGCGGUCCUAUUGAACCAGGUUCUAAAUCUAGAGGAUCACCUUUAAAAAUAGAAAUUGAUGCAUUGAAAAAAGAAAUUAGUAAACGUGAAGAUGUACUUAAUCGUAUGGAAAAAGAAUGUCAAGAAAAGCAUCUACAUCGAAUUGAAGCAAUGCAAUCACAAUUACGUCGAUUUGAAGAAGAAACUGCUAAUUUAAAUCAAGUUUUAGAUGAACAAAGAAUUGGAUUAGAAGAAAGAGAUCGUGUUAUUCGACAAUUGAGAUCGGAUCAAGCUCAAGGAUCAUUGAUUGAACUUGAGAAAUUAAAAGCUGAACAUAAUACUUGUAAAGAUAAAAUUGAACAAUUGAACAAACGUAUUGUCACAUUGAACAAACAAGUUGAAGAUCAAUCAGAUGAAAUUUUAACAAUCAAAUUAGAAUCACUUACUGCUUCAUUAUGUGAAAAAGAAGCGAAUAUUGCAUUGAUGGAAUUCACUGCUCCAAAGAAUGCAACUUCUAAUCAAGCUUUAGAAAAAUUACGAACUGAACGUGAUCAAUUACAACAACAACAAAAACAACUUAGUAAUACACGUGCUAUGCUUUUAGAAGAAAAAAUGUCACGUCGAUAAUCUGCACCUUGAUUUCAAUGAAUUUUAUUCGUUAAUAACAUCAUCAUUGUAUUAUUCUAUGCACUACAGGUCAGUAAUGGGACCAUCCAUCUAAGUAAUCAAAAUUCUCUAUCUAACUAUCAUUGAUUUUGAUGUUUAUCAGUUCGCCCUUAAUUAUUUUCAUUCU